AUGAAACUCAAAGAGUUUUUAAUAAAAAAGAUAACUUAAGAAAAUUAUAUCCUGGAAAAUAGGUAAAGUGAUUUCAACAUAUCAUCAAACUAAAAAACUCUAAUUGAAAAAUGCUUAAAUUUAGAGAGGAUAUUAAAAUGUCCAAUAACAAAAAUAAUUAGCAGUUCUAGAAUGUUCUAAACUCUUUAAAUUCCAAUUCUUAAGUUUUAAUACAUAUUGUAAGCAACAAUUUCUAUUAUCUCAGUAGUUGAAAUCAUUCUAAGAAUUUUUAUAUUCAUUAAUAAUAAUAAAAAUGAGAAAUAUUUGUGA